GCAGCAACCACUACACAGUAACACAAUGGCCUUAAUUAUGAAAUACAUCGACACCGUAACCAGGUACCUGGACUCACAUGGUGACUCAAGGACAAAGGACUGGCCCAUGAUGUCAUCCCCGUUUCCCACACUGGCUGUGUGCCUCACAUACGUCUACCUGGUCAAGGUGCUGGGACCGCGGUUAAUGGAGAAUCGAAAGCCCCUGCAUCUCCAGAACACACUAGUCCUCUACAAUGCCAUACAGGUUGUGUUCAGCGCGUGGCUAUUCUACGAGUGCUUAAUGGGCGGCUGGUGGGGCGCAUACAGCUUCCGCUGCCAGCCGGUGGACUACACAGAUAGUGCCACAUCCCGGAGAAUAGGCAUUUCCGGUUGGCUAACUGGACAUUAUAGCUUCCGAUGUCAGCCAGUCGACUAUAGUAAUAAUCCUAGAACGUUAAGGAUGGUCCAUGCCUGCUGGUGGUACUACUUCUCAAAAUUCACAGAGUUCAUGGAUACGAUUUUCUUCGUGCUGCGCAAGAAGACCAGCCAGGUGACGACACUUCACGUCAUCCAUCACGGCUGCAUGCCCAUGUCGGUCUGGUUCGGCGUGAAAUUCACUCCAGGCGGCCACAGCACCUUCUUCGGACUGCUCAACACAUUUGUGCACAUCGUGAUGUACACCUACUACAUGUUCUCGGCCAUGGGUCCCCAGUACCAGAAGUACCUCUGGUGGAAGAAGUAUCUGACCACCUUGCAGAUGGUCCAGUUUAUUCUGAUCAUGGUGCACGCCUUCCAGCUCCUAUUCAUUGACUGCAACUAUCCGAAGGCGUUCGUCUGGUGGAUCGGCAUGCACGCUGUCAUGUUCUUCUUCCUCUUCAACGAGUUCUACAAGGCAGCCUACAGGAACCGUCUAAUGAAAAAGAAUGCGUUGCUGGCCAACGGACACGCAAAGCCGAACGGCUACUGCAAGAGUAUCAAUGCCCAUGAUGACCUGGCCAUGCCACAGCCGACGGCCGCCACAGUGACACCGGUGUCGAAGGCCAACGGCAGCGUGGCGCCCCUCACCAACGGCCAUGCGAACGGGCUGAGCAACGGAUACGGCAAGCAGCUGGCCAACGGCAAUGCGCCGGCGUCGACGACGACGCAGAACGGCAGUGGCCACAAGGGAGGAGCAGGGCCCAACGGUCUGCUGACAAACGGAUACGCCACCAAGCUGCUGGACGACGCUUCCCAGGACCUGAAGCAGCGGAAGACGCAGAAAUAAUAUCGGGGUAAAGCGGGGAGGCGCCAGCACAGAGCCUAGGACAGGGCAAAGUCCUGGCAGCAGCGCUGGGAGCUACCCUCGGAACUGGGCAGGGGGGAGGUUGGAGCUCCCCAAGUCAUUACCACUUCAUACGUCACACGUCUCGUCACGUCACUUUCUCCCAUUCUCAUCCACACACAAAUACAAAUAAAAACCACCCACACACACCUGGACACAUUCUGGAGCAAUGCCUCGAGUAAUGGAAAAAUUCCCAAUAGUCUGACUAUGGGCAUGUUUGACUUAUGCGUACGUAUACGCAUACAGACAGGUAUUCUCCACUCAACACUCAACAUUCACCCCAACCCACUCCACGGCCACACGGUCAUGCUGAGAGUAUGCGGCCAGGCAUACCUAUUUAUGCAUCCCAUAAUCAAAUGUAUAGGAAAAAUCAGAGAGAUCCCACACUUAUGCAUACAUACAUUACAUGCGAGUAUGUACAAUACAUACAAACAAUAUUUUGUUGCUUAUUUUCUUUUAAACACACACAAACACACACACACACAUAUACUUUAGUUGUACAAAGCUUUCUACAUAUUAUAAGUACAGAAGAAAUCAACAACAAAAGGAAGGAACCAAACGGAAGCCCUGCGCGUAAACAAUUUGUUAACUAAACGCAACAUUCAAGUUUAAUAAAUUGUAUUUGUGUGUGUGGAGGAGCAUGGAAAUGAAC